GACAGGGCGGGCCAGGGCGGGGCCGCUACCCCUCGGUCCCUCCCUCGCACCGCCAAACUUGCCUACGGCUCUGGGCGCGCCGCUGCGGUAGCUGGAGAGGAGGGGUUCUGUCGCCCCCCCCACCCGCCGCGUCCUCCGCUGCGUGUCCGCACCUAGCCGGAGCCCGGCGCCCGGUCGCCCCGUCGCGCUCGGCCCCGAGGGCAUGCGGCAGCUGCAGGAGUCCCCGCUCCCUGGCUCGGCGGCGCGGGUGAACGUGAGCGGAUGUUCACUUCUUCUCCACAAUGAAUGAGUGUCACUAUGAUAAGCACAUGGACUUUUUUUAUAAUAGGAGCAACACUGAUACUGUCGAUGACUGGACAGGAACAAAGCUUGUGAUUGUUUUGUGUGUGGGGUCGUUUUUCUGCCUGUUUAUUUUUUUUUCUAAUUCUCUGGUCAUUGCGGCAGUGAUCAAAAACAGAAAGUUUCAUUUCCCCUUCUACUACCUGUUGGCUAAUUUAGCUGCUGCAGAUUUCUUCGCUGGAAUUGCCUAUGUAUUCCUGAUGUUUAACACAGGCCCAGUUUCAAAAACUUUGACUGUCAACCGCUGGUUUCUCCGCCAGGGGCUUCUGGACACUAGCUUGACUGCUUCCCUGACCAACUUGCUGGUUAUUGCCGUGGAGAGGCACGUGUCAAUCAUGAGGAUGCGGGUCCAUAGCAACCUGACCAAAAAGAGGGUGACGCUGCUCAUUUUGCUUGUCUGGGCCAUCGCCAUUUUUAUGGGGUCGGUCCCCACACUGGGCUGGAAUUGCCUCUGCAACAUCUCUGCCUGCUCUUCCCUGGCUCCCAUUUACAGCAGGAGUUACCUUGUUUUCUGGACAGUGUCCAACCUCAUGGCCUUCUUCAUCAUGGUUGUGGUGUACCUGCGGAUCUACAUGUAUGUCAAGAGGAAAACCAAUGUCUUGUCUCCACAUACAAGUGGGUCCAUCAGCCGCCGGAGGACACCGGUGAAGCUAAUGAAGACGGUGAUGACUGUCUUAGGGGCAUUCGUGGUGUGCUGGACCCCAGGCCUGGUGGUUCUGCUCCUCGAUGGUCUGAACUGCAGGCAGUGUGGCGUGCAGCACGUGAAAAGGUGGUUCCUGCUGCUGGCGCUGCUCAACUCCGUCAUGAACCCCAUCAUCUACUCCUACAAGGACGAGGACAUGUAUGGCACUAUGAAGAAGAUGAUCUGCUGCUUCUCUCAGGAGAACUCAGAGAGGCGUCCCUCUCGCGUCCCCUCCACGGUCCUCAGCAGGAGUGACACAGGCAGCCAGUACAUAGAGGAGGAUAGUAUUAGCCAAGGCACAGUCUGCAAUAAAAGCAGUUCCUAAACUCUGGACGCCUCUCUGCCCACCCAGGCCUCCUCUGGGAAAAGAGCUGUUAAGAAUAGUUACCUGUUUCUUAACAAAGCCCAUGUAUAGUGUUAUUUGAGGUCUCCAUUAAUCACUGCUACAUUUCUUUUAAAAUUUGUUUUUCAUAGUUUAAAAGCAUGGGCAGUAAAGAGAGAACCUGGUGCAUUUAGAGAAAGCACAGAAACGGGAGAGGUACGGCAGGUCCCUACUUGUCCUGUGAACUGCUCAGAGCUCCUGUCAGUCCGGCUGGGCCUUCUGGGUUCUGGCACCAUUUCGUAGCCAUUCUCUUUGUAUUUUAGAAGGACGUUAUGAAAGGGCUUAGACCAAAAUAAAUAAUAAUGUUACUUGAGCCGCCUUAUAUAGCUGCUUGGAAAGUCUAUGUAGUCCUUUCUGCAUGCAUUAACAGUGUUUAGAAAUGCUUCAGCAAUGGUAUUUUUUUCCUCAAAGAAACCAUGGCCAGUAGGUAGGUGUUCAGUAGGAAUCAAAGAAAAAUCAGUAAGAGCUCCAGAUUAAACCUGAUUUUUAACUAAAGGAACAUUCUGAGGAAAAAUACUUAAAAGUAACAAAAAAGGUCAAUGUGAAAACCCUUUCUGACCUGAAAAAGACCUUGGUAUGGUCCUCCGUGCAUGUGUGUAUAUAUGCAUGUGUGUGUGUAUAUAUAUAAAUUUUUUUCCCUGUUUUUACUGAUUUUUAUUGAUUUUAUUCAAAGAUAUCUGGGGAUGAGACUGGGGAAUGCUUAGUCUGACUAUUGAAAGAAACAUGGAUCCCUGGAGUAUUUCAGAUACAGGGUUACCGCCCCAGACUGCCUCCCACCAGCCCACAUUAUUUCUCGUUUUCCCUCAUGAUGGUGAAAAACAGUGGAGAGCAAGUAAAGGGUUUAAUGCAGAAAACAAGGAGAAGAGAAUGUGAAGUUUGAAGUGCCUGUGAAACAUCCAGCUGAUACUCCUGUCAUAAGAGAAAAAGAAGCCAAGAGAACACCAAUGUUUAAGGAGCAGGUAGAGAAAACCCAGCAAAGGGGCAGAGGAAUAAGAGGACCAAAGAACAGUGUGAAGAAUCAAGGGGAGAGGUCGGGCACGCGGGCUCACGCCUGUAAUCCCAGCACUUUGGGAGGCUGAGGCAGGUGGAUCACUUGAGGCCAGCCUGGGCAAUGUGGUGAAACCAACUUUACUAAAAAUACAAAAAACUAGCCAGGCAUGAUGGCACAUGCCUGUAG